AUGGCUUUUGGAGACUCAAGUGGUGGCUCAAGAGGCCGGGGAGGCAGUUACAGUGGUUUUAGAGGUCACCGAGCAGCUUCAGGUGCUUUUCGAGGCCGGGGAGGAAGUUCGGGUGGUUCCAAAAGUCGUGGAGGACCCGGGGGAUUCAGAGGUCGGGGAGGCGAAGGACGAGGGCGAGGGCGAGGGAGAGGGAAGCCUGUCUAUGAUAGUCAAAGACUGGCACAGCCAAAAGAAGGCGAGGAAGCUGAAAGCACAGAAUCAGAAGACCCGUCUGGGGAAGAUGAGGCCAGCGAGAGCGAUUCUAGUGACGAGGAAGAAGAGCCGUUAACGGUUGUACGCUCCUAUGCAACUCUCAUGCAAAGCUUUACGGAGUCAGGACCCGGUCAUCAAGCAAAGAGACGGAAACUGGAUCAUGUUCCCGAGGCCGAGCCACACCAGAAUGAUAACGAGGAUAUUUCAGAGAAUAUUGCAGAUGAUGCAGAUGAAGUAGAAGAGCCGGAAGAGGGACCAGAGACGGCAACCGACGACAUUCUGGAGGACGACGAUACUGAAGACAGUUCAGAUCCUUUCGAGGCACACUUCGCCGCUCCUGAUGACAACAUUCUCUCCAAAAGACUCAAAGCCCUGGAGCUGAAUCAGUGGACGACCCAGAAAAUAUGUCUCCAGAAGAUUUCUAAAGCUGUCGUCAGCCUUCCUGGAAAUGAAGAAUCCAAGGCUUUUGCUCCAGCUACGAUUUUAGGCCCGAGCCAACUCAAGCUGAAGCAAAAGUUGGCAAACGUCAUGGGGAAACAGAGACCAAAUUUUGACCCACUGGAGAAGUCUCUUGCUCCUCUCAUGUUCAACUACCAAGAUAUUCUGUUCUGCGAAAGGAACACAGGAAAUUCUGAAAGCUUACGACGACUAGCCUGCUUACAUGCCGUCAAUCAUGUUUUCAAGACUCGAGACCGAGUAAUCAAGAACAAUUCACGGCUAGCGAAAGAAGACAGCAGCGACGAUCUAGAGCUGCGGGAUCAGGGCUUCACUCGGCCUAAAGUACUCAUGAUCUUGCCCACCCGAGAAUCAUGUGUAAGAAUGGUAAGCAUGAUCACAUCUUUGUGUGAGCCAGAACAGCAGGAGAAUCAGAAGCGAUUCAACGAUUCUUACGUAGAUCAAGAGGAGAAGUUCUUCUCCGACAAGGCAGAAGAUUUCAGAGAGUUAUUUGGUGGAAACGACGAUGACAUGUUCCGGCUUGGUUUGAAAUUUACUCGGAAGACUGUCAAAUACUUCUCCCAAUUUUACAACUCCGAUAUCAUACUUGCCAGUCCAUUGGGCUUGCGAAUGGCUCUGGAAGGCAAAGAUGAUAAGAAGGGGGACUAUGAUUUCUUGAGUUCUAUCGAGAUGGUCAUUGUAGACCAAGCCGAUGCUCUGCUCAUGCAGAACUGGGAGCAUAUGGAAUACAUUUUUGAGCAUUUGAAUCUCCAGCCAAAAGAAGCCCAUGGUUGCGAUUUCAGUCGAGUUCGGAGUUGGUAUUUGGACAACCAUGCUAAGUACUUCCGCCAAACGAUCACGCUGUCCGCGUUCAACACUCCGGAACUCAACACCCUCUUCUUCAACCAGUCGAAGAAUUGGGCAGGCAAGACAAAGAUCAGCGCUGUGUAUACAGGCGCUAUCCAGGAGCUGGGUCUGAAGAUUAAGCAAACCUUUUCUCGGCUCGAAUCACCUUCGUUCGCUACCGACCCGGACGCUCGCUUUACUUACUUUACAACCGCCAUCAUUCCAGCAUUGACUCGUCGCUCUAAGGAUAUCGCUGGUACUGUUAUCUUCAUACCUUCAUACCUCGACUUUGUGCGGGUACGAAACUACUUUUCUGCAUCAACAGCAACGAUCGGACUGUCCUUUGGUAACAUUUCUGAGUACACCUCUGUUCAGGAUGUUGCCAGAGCGAGAUCUCAUUUCUUCAAUGGCAGGCACAAUGUUCUUCUCUACACCGAAAGAGCUCACCACUUCCGUCGCUAUCAGCUCCGAGGUGUGAAGAAAGUCAUAAUGUACGGAUUGCCCGACAACCCUAUCUUCUACAAGGAGAUCGUGGGAGGUUUCUUGGGGAGAAGUGUUCGGGAAGGAAAUUUAGAACAAGGUGGAGGGUCUGUCAGAGCCCUAUUCUCCAAAUGGGAUGCUCUGAAGCUGGAGAGAGUCGUAGGCACAGAGAGAGUAGGGAAGAUGAUCAUGGAGAAAGGCGAUACCUUUGAUUUCUUGUAA